CUCGGCGGAGCCUCCUUAAAACUCUGCCGUUAAAAUGGGGGCGGGUUUUUCAACUCAAAAAGCGCUCAAUUUUUUUCUUUUCAAAAAAAGCUGAUGAGGUCGGAAAAAAGGGAGAGAAACCGGCACCGUCUCUGAGAGGCAACAGAAGCAGCAAUUGUUUCAGCGAAAAAAGAAGCAAGAGAGGGACUGAAGGAAAAGAGCAGAAAGGGGGAAGACGCGCAAGUGUCUGUAAGAGUGAAGGGAGCUGAGCCUGGCAAUUUGGGGAUAUCAGCUACAAAAGCAACUGUCACUGGGAGCACUACGGCUUGGGAAGAACCUUUGCUGCUAGGCUGGGCUCCAGGACACAGCUGGCUGGUGGCUGCCCUGUCCGGGACACAAGUAAGGGCACGGCACAGGCCGGGGACCGCGAGAGAUUGGCGAAGUGGCACUAGGCACUGAAGCUGCCGGGCUCUCUCCAAGAAGGCGACCGGACUGGCUGAGCCCUGAAAUUGUGGCGACUCCCCCUACUUACAGCUUGGCCUGCACUUCCCAGGAACCUCCCCAUCUCCCAGAAAACCGGGAAAGGAAGGAAAAGACGGCGGCGGCAACAGCUCAAUGAAUGCCUACAGUAGAAAGCUUGAAUUAGCUCGGUCGUAGGCGGGAAGUUACCGGUGGGCUGCCCUGUGCAGCCGAGAUGCUGCCCGGAGCUGCCCCAGCGACCCGGGCCCGAUAGACACUUCCCGCAUCGCUUUCCUCCUUUCUCAGGCUGCCGGGAGUCCCGGGACCUUGUGGGGCAGGCAUGACGGGCUUGUUGGGGGCCCGCCGCCCUCCUGGCAGCCUCUGGAGACGCGCGCGGAGCCCGGCUCCCACGACCUCUGAGGCUCGGCCGGGCGGCGGCAGUCUGGGGGGCGAGCUCCAGAGCCUUCCGGCUCGGCGUUAGCCCUCGGUUAGUCCCGGACGUGACUAAAGGCUCUUCUGGAGAAGCCGAGAGCUCCAGGGGGUCGUUAAGACCUUUAACUUGAGAGCCAAGGAACUGCUACUCUCGUUUGCCUUUUGCGAUCUUCUUUAACCCCCCCGAGCACGCCAACAUCCAGCCACCUCGGCGUUUCCCUAGCAGCUGAGGACCCAGGACUAUCCCUUCGGCGAGACGGAUGGAAACCGAGCCUCUUCGAGGACCUGCCCCUGCAUUUCUGGCUCACGCGGCUCAAGUCACCACCGUGAACAAGGGACCCUAAAGAAUGGCCGAGCCUUGGGGGAACGAGUUGGCGUCCGCAGCUGCCCGGGGGGACCUAGAGCAGCUUACUAGUUUGUUGCAAAAUAACGUAAACGUCAAUGCACAAAAUGGAUUUGGAAGGACUGCGCUGCAGGUUAUGAAACUUGGAAAUCCCGAGAUUGCCAGGAGACUACUACUUAGAGGUGCUAAUCCCGAUUUGAAAGACCGAACUGGUUUCGCUGUCAUUCACGAUGCAGCCAGAGCAGGUUUCCUGGACACUUUACAGACUUUGCUGGAGUUUCAAGCUGAUGUUAACAUUGAGGAUAAUGAAGGGAACCUGCCCUUGCACUUGGCUGCCAAAGAAGGCCACCUCCCUGUGGUGGAGUUCCUGGUGAAGCACACCGCCAGCCAUGUUGGGCAUCGGAACCACAAAGGGGACACCGCCUUCGAUUUGGCCAAGCUCUACGGGAGGAACGAGGUCGUUAACCUGAUGCAGGCAAACGGGGCAGGGGGAGCCUCAAAUCUGCAGUGAAUGUGGGGACGGCUUUCUCACAAAGUCUCUACUUUGUCAGUUAAUUGGGGGGCUGUUAUAACCAUUUUAAUAUCAUUUGUUAAAAUACAGUUUUGUCAUAUUUUAAGCAGGUAGUUAAAUCUUCUGAAAUUGCAUAAGUAAAAAUCUUACAACAGCUUAUGAAUAUAUUUAAGCAACAUUUCUUUUGCCUGCAAAAUCCUGCCUUCUAAUGUGUAAUUGCAAAUAGUUUGGCUUUCUUCUGAACAUUUUAUCUUUCCUUGCUUUCCCGCUUUGCCAAUCUCAAUACUCAACUUGGAAAGUUUGUUUUUAAAAUGGUUUGUCCUGAUGCUUCUUUUACCUAAUUAAAACGCUUUUUCAAAACAGGA